CGCACUCACGCAGUGCACGCACACACGCGCGCGCGCGUUCCUCUCCGCUCUACAACAGUGCGACACACAUUUAGAAAGUUUAUGAAGACGCUGCGUCAAAGUUGACGGUCUGAAUCAGUCAAUACUUUUUUGUGAGAGUUUGUUGAUACGGGAACUAGGCUUCAUACGAAGACGUUAAUUCACAGGAAAACAUCUCGAGAAUGGCAGAAACCGAUGCAAGUCCGUUCGGAGGCUGUUUGGAGAAACUGAAGCUCUACGUGCGAACUCGGAAAGGAACGAUCCUGACCGCAGAAAUACUGCUCAGCUUCAUCAUCCUCAUCUGUUAUGCCGCGUCAAUGUAUGGCGGCUAUUCAGCGGUGGCCAUCUGUGAGAUGGUCUUUGCCAUCAUCUUCUUCAUUGUCUUCAUGAUGGAGCUGGACAAACAGUUCCUGGUGGUGAACUGGCUCUGGAGCGAUCUCAUCCGCGCUGUAAUCGGUGCAGCACUCUAUCUCAUCACCUCUCUGAUCUGUGUGAUCGGGGGAUCCGGGGACGGGGCUCGCAUCGCUGGCGGGGUGUUCGGUCUGGUGGCUGGGAUCUUGUAUGCUUAUGACUCCUACACAAUCUUCUUGGACAUCAAGAGCGGCAGACAGCAUACAGCUGCCCCCACAGAUGACACCGUUUGACACUACUUUCCUCACUACAACAUUAACAGCAACCAAAACAUGGAGAGCAAGUCUAAAACUGGCAAAAGGAGUGAAUUCCUGAGAGUUAUUGCAAAGUUACCACGAGAGAUGAAGACCAGAGGAAUGCAAAAGGGACAAAACUUUAAACAACACAAGAGGUUUAUGGAUAAAAGGGGUUAAAAAGUGAACUGUAAGAUUAAAGACACCACCAUAUAUGAAGGAACAGAGAGAAACAGAAACCAUCGUCUUGGUCGGGUGGCUUUUGUUACCACAAAUCUUUUGUUAGAAAAGCACUACCAGGACAUUUAAUAAGAGAUCUUUUUUUUAUUUUUUUUAUACAAUUUACAAAAGAGAUUCAAAGUCAGUCUGUCUUCCCAGUCUUUACUAGAGAAAGACACAUUUUGACCAAGUGAUUUUAAACAAAGUCGUGUUGGAAACUUGAUUUAAUUCAGUCUGGUGCUGUUUUUUUAUGAUGACACAUGAAGGUUGCGUUUGUUAUGGUGUAAAAUUCACUGUAAUUCAUAAUUGUAGCUUAAAAUCUAAUAACUAUUGAUUGUUCAUUUGGUUUGUGCUUAAAAAAACGUUAUAGUCGUAUAAGGUUAAUCAAACGGGAUUUGAGUCGGAUAUAUCCAACUCAUGUGCGGUCAAGAAAACAGUCACACAUUUAAAGGGAUCUUCUCUUUGUUUCAACUGAAAAGGAGUGGAUAUCAUCUUUAAUAUUUUCCAUGGUGCCACAGUUUUGUACUGUAACAGGUUCUGAUGUCCAUGUGUUGGUACAAUGUUAAUUUUCAUUCAUCUUUUCUUACAUAUCGCCAUUAAACCUAUUACCUCAAGAGUUGCUCAUUAUCUUGAUGCCAUAAGUAUUUUCUGUUGUUAUUCUAAUAAUAAACUGAUCACGUAUAUUAAUAUAUCUUCAUUCACAGUCUGUACAGUUCAACCCUACUGAGGAAUGUAGUGUAAUAAACACUGAAACUGCCUUCACAGUUUGUCAACAUUCACUCAUUCAAGAUUUCCCCAAGACUAAAAAGAAUAAAUAUCUGUUCACUCAACUGUACAAGUAAGAGUUUUUUAUUUAUUUUAUUUUAUUUUAUUUUUUUGGAGUGCCUUGAAAGAGGUUAUUCAGAAGUAUUUGGCCCUUCAGAUGUUCAAAUGUGCUGUCAGAAGCGUGUACAAGCCAGAGAUGCAUAGAUCUGAAUCCAUUUAUAACAUGUUUAAAUUGUUUUAACCAUUUCUGAAUUAUAGAUUGUAAUGUGUGAAGUCUGCCUGAUUCUUUCCCUCAUUACUAUUGUUUUUACAACCUCAGUUUUUUCCCCAAUUACUUCUUGAAAGCAUUUAUUUGUGAGAUGGUUCUGUAAAAAAAAAAUGGUAAACUCAGGAUGUUCUGCUCUUUUUAAACGGGACACUUUUAAAGAAACACUUUAUUGGAUGUUUUUGGUUUUACAAGUACAGCUCGUGGAAAUAAUUGUGCAGAAUUUAUGUCUCUUUCUAACAGAUAUGGCUGGUAUUUCGAUAACAUUUAAUAAAAGGCUGUUAUAACGUG